AUGGUGGGUGGGAGGCUGCCUCACCCGGGGCGGCGCCGGUCCAAGACUCGCGAAUCGCGCCGCGUCGCCUCCUCCAGCACCCUCGCCGUCACCGCCGUCACCUUCAGCAACGUCAAGCCCGCGUCAUCGAGACAGACCCCCACCACCAAACAGGCCCGCCUGCAAGAUUUACACUAUGCCGCCAGCACCGGACAGACCCAGUGGCUCCAGAUCACCAUGCAGAAAGCGGAGUCCCCCAACCAGGCGGAUAUUAAUGGCUUCUCCACGCUGCACACGGCCGCCCUGCACGGACGGCUGGACUGCAUGAAGAUGCUGAUCGAGAAAUACAACCUGGACAUCAACCUGGCCAGCCUGAGAGGCUGGAGGCCCAUUCACCUGGUCCUGGGCCAGGAGAGCAAAGCCAUGGCCGUGGAGUGCCUCCAGUACCUGCUCAGCAAAGGCGCGGACGUCAACGUGCAGAAUUACAACGGGGUGUCUCCACUUCACAAGGCUGCCAGCGAAGGGCGUGAGAACUGCCUCCAGAUUCUGAUUGACGCCGGGGCUGAUGUCCAUGCCCAGGACAACGAGGGACAAAAGCCCAUCGACCUGUGCAAAAUGUGGGGCCACCGAGUGUGCGCCAAGCGUCUCUCUCACGCCAUGUGGAAGGCCAACAAGAAGCACCAGCUGCAGCAGAUAUGCAAACUGGAGUCUAUCAAAGCCGAGUGCGAGAGGAAGCAAAGGCAAUUCCUUCAAAGAGAACAGAGGGAGCUGAACAUCUGCAACGUGAUGGCCUUUGAAAGUUGGCUGCUGAAGAAGGGGCUGCCGUGGCCCUCUCGGACCCUCCUGGACCUGUCCCAGGUCAAGCGCCACUCGCUGACCCUCCGCAAAUUGGUUGGCCAGAUCGCCACCCCCAUCCCUUCCCUCAGCAAUCUGCUCAGGGGCAAUGCUUCCGACUCAGUCCUCAGCAUGCAGCACAGGUACCGGCGUCAGAAGCCCUGGAAUUUCAGCACCAACCUUGACUCUGAACCGGCCACGUCCAUCUGCCGUCCGGCUUUGAUCCGGCUGGGCGUGGAAGCCGAGAAGCUGCCGCACCAUGACUUCACCUCCUUCCUCUUCCUCUUCAAGGAUCCUUUCGGGGAUCCGGUGAUCCAGAUCGACAACAUCGGCAGGGUCUGCCCCGUGCCGGAUCUCCCCUACGAGGUCCUUCACCAGAGCCUCUAUCCCCACACCUGGAUGCCCCGCCUGGAGGUGCCCCGGGACCUCCGGCCGGUGCAUAUCUUCAACUUGAAGCACCGGCGUCCCCCGGGGCCCGAGCACUGGUGGACCGACCAGAUGGCCCUGAGCCUGCGGGUCACCCUGGAUCCCAUCUUCCUGAGCAGCCUGCAGAACCAUGUCUCUACCUACUGCAGCGCCGAAGCUCUGAGCCCAAGGACAGCGAGCUUGGGGUCCCCGAAAGAGACCCCCUCCGUCCAAAGUGAAGCAUCCAGCCUGUAG